AUGGUUUUCCGGGCUGGAUUCCUGCUCCUCCUCCUCCUCCUCCUCCUCCUCCUCGUCUGCUCUGGAACGGUGACCGUGUCCCGCGCCGAUGAUUCCGACUACGGAGUCUCAGCCUUCGCCACCGUGGCGCGCUUCGACGUGGACUCCCUGCGUGCUCGCGGCGUCUCGGCGUGCAACGGGCAGGUCGGCGACUGCAUCGACGAUGAGGAGGAGUUGAUGCUGGAUUCGGUGGCGGCGCGGCGGUUCAUGGAGGAGAGGCAGAAGUACAUCAGUUACAAGGCGAUGAGGGCUAACAUCGUGCCGUGCAGAAGGCGGGGGAACUCCUACUACAACUGCAACCAGAGGAGGAGGAUGAACCCUUACAACCGCGGCUGCCUCGCCAUUACCAGGUGCAAGAGGUACACCUGGUAA